AUGGCCGACAAGAAGAACAUUUCAGCUCUAAUGAGACCCUUACCAGACAGCGGUGAGGCCAGCAAAGAUGGUCUGACAUUUGCUCGACGUGGUGAGCAGAUCGACGAAGCGACGAGUGGAGGUGUUUCUGGAUUCGAUGCCGAGAGAAUGAGAGCUCGCUCUCUGCUUACGGCUGAGGAGGAGAAAAAUCUCAUGAGACGCGUCGACCUCAGAAUAAUGACCAUAUGCUCUCUGCUCUUUCUAAUGAAGAAUAUCGACUCAGACAACAUUUCGAACGCGAGGAUCAUGAACAAAGGAACGCCAAGAAACAUCAUGACGCAGCUGGGUAUGGAUUCUGAUGAAUACAACCUUUUGACCGUCCUAUACUAUGUGCCCUACAUUGUUCUGGAAGCGCCAUCAAAUCUUUUGUUAAAGCGACUCAAACCGAGUGCUUGGCAAUCAAGGAUCAUGAUUUCUUGGGGUAUCGCACUGCUCUGCCACGUUCCUGUAACCAACAAAGGUGGCAUCUACGCCACCCGAUUCAUCCUUGGUGCAUUUGAAGCGGGAAUGUUCCCAGGUGUGAUACUUCAGAUGACCUAUUGGUACAGACCAGAUGAAAUGUCGAUUCGGCUACUUUAUUUUUAUGUACUUGGGAAUCUCUCGGGAAUCUUUAGUGGUAUUCUCGCGUUUGCAUUCGAUACCGUCUCUGGAUCAAGAGGAUUGUCCGGUUGGCAAUGGUUGUUCCUCGUGGAAGGGCUCAUCACUCUAGUUCUAGGCACAGCAGUUUAUUUUCUGCUGCCUGACUUCCCUCCCACCGCAAAGUGGCUGACCGAGAAGGAGAAAGCUUUCAUCCAAGCACGUCUUCCAGCCAAUGCCCCGAGGGCUGAAGAGAUGAACUUCAACUUCAGCGAAAUUGUGGACUCUCUCAAAGACCGCCGUUUAUGGCUCUUCACUCUUAUCUGGGCUACUUUUACAGUCGGCACAUCUGGUGUCCGUUUCUAUCAGCCAACGGUCAUCGCCAAUCUCGGGUUUACCACGAUAGCCCGAGCCCAGCUACUCAACCUGCCAAUCUCCCUCUUGUCCAUAUUCGUCAUUGGUGUGACGGGCUUUUUUGCAGACAAAGGAACCAUACCGCGACCCCUUUAUCCUCUCAGCGUCUUCGCUGUCGUGAUAGCUUGUUAUGGAGUCUUGGUCGCCUACCCUUCCAACGGCGCCGUCUAUGCUGCAACCCUCGUCGGAAACGCCUUCACCUCUGCCUUUUUCCCUCUCAUGUGGCCGUGGCGCGUGCAGACAACCUCGCGAGCUACAGGUUCAGCCUUUAGUAUCGGCUUUGUCAACAGUUACGGUCAAAUCGGCGGUGCCAUCGGCCCCCAGAUCUUCAGGUCCAAAUACGCACCGCGGUAUCAGACAAGUUUCGCUGCAGCCAUGGCCUUAGUUGUAUGCUGUGCCAUUGUCACGCUGAUCACAUGGUGGGUUACGAGAAAGACUGAGUCCGACACUCGCCGCCUGAAGAGAGCUAGAGUCCGUGCAGAGAGGGAUGGCCUGGCUGUGUUGGAUGAUGUUGUCGACCAGGAUUUGAACAAGAAGCGAUCCGACGACGAAGAAAGCGCCUAG